AUGUUUAAUGGCACACAAGAAGACAGUUCCGCUGUAUAUCGGGAUGACCACUGGUUUUUGUGGUAUUCUGACUCCUUCUCGACGUUCAUCCGUGAUGUAUUAUUUCUGGCGCUCUCAAACAACCUCCCCGUGCCGUUUGGGCCUUACUCGGAUGCUUCAUUAUUCGCCACUAGCCCGCCAGGAACGUCAGCACCCAAUGGCGGCUUUGAUUUCAUGACAAUCGUUGCUGUUCUUUUCAAUGGAUAUGGCCUUCCACUUGCAAGCCGCAUGCUAGGGGCUCAUAUUGCCAUUUUUCUCACACUAUGGACCCCCGUCUACCGAACUGGUGACUGCAAAAAGUCGUCGACCCGUUGA